AUGCAGUACUUCUGGAUCGAGAAUUUUUCCUUCUACUUUUCACGUUUCUCGAAUUUUUACCUAUUCAGGUACCUCAGACAUGUCGUAGAGGAAUGGAGCGAUUCUUGCUUAUUAAACGAACUCACUUCAUCAAGCGGACGCGCAGUGUUCGAGGAGUCAUCGGCAAUGUUUAAGCACGUGUGGAAUCAGAUGGCUGAAGACGUAGUUACAUCACUACGAUUGCAAACUAUUGAUGCAAUGAAACCUUAUCAGCAACAUUUCUGGUGCUUCAUGGAGCCACGGCUUGGAUCUUCUUCACGUGAUCUUACCGCUUUAUUUUGUCCUGUUUUGAUGAAGAUUCGCACCACUUUCGCAAAAACUGGUGUACAAAUCUCCAAGGUUUUUCUUCCUCAGUUUCUUUUUUUGACUGAUGACGUCACUAUUCACAUUAAUAUCUUUCAUAAUCAGUUGCUCACGCACGCAUGCUAA